CGGGCUGGCGUUGGCAGCGGUGGCCGCCAGCAGCAGAGGCUGCCCAGAGGGCUGGGGGGAGGGUGGAAACGGCGGCAGCAGCAGCAAGGCAACCAAGCAGCCAAGCCCCCCCGUUGCAGAGCGGAGAGGAGCGGGCGGGAGAGCUGGCAGAGCCUCGGCGAUUUGUGCCUGUCUGCAGGGGCUCGCUGCAGCCCCUGCACAUCUCCUGCAAGUACUUGUGUGCAUCCGUGUCCCAGGGACGAGCAUCCUCCAGGAGGAAGAGCCGGGAAACAGCUGGAAGAGAAGGGGAGGGGGGGAACCAGCUAUCCCCCCCGGCUAGAGGCAGGUGAAAGAGGGAGAAAGAGCAGUUUAGGGGAAUGAAGCUGGAGGAUCCAGAGACUCAGAAAGGAAAAGUUGCCCUGCCAGGAGACUCUGCGCACUAGAGACUGAGCUCGGCUCCACCAUGGGAUUUCGCCUGUCUAACGGAAACCUCCUCCUUCUCCUGUGUGCCAGCGUCUUCCCCGCCCGCGGCCGCGUGGAGACCCGCGCCCACGCCGAGGAACGCCUCCUGAAGAAGCUCUUCUCCGGCUACAACAAGUGGUCCCGCCCCGUGGCCAACAUCUCCGACGUGGUCCUCGUCCGCUUCGGCCUGUCCAUCGCCCAGCUCAUCGACGUCGAUGAGAAGAAUCAAAUGAUGACCACAAAUGUGUGGGUGAAGCAGGUGGGUGCACCAAAAUAUACGCUUUCCCCUGUUCCUUUUCAGUUUUGCAAUCCAAACUCCCCCAGCUUUGCAACUGCUUGUUUUUGGCAGGAGUGGCACGACUACAAGCUGCGCUGGGAUCCCCAAGAAUACGAAAACGUCACAUCCAUUCGAAUCCCCUCGGAGCUCAUCUGGAGGCCAGAUAUUGUUCUCUACAACAAUGCUGAUGGUGAUUUUGCAGUCACCCACCUGACCAAGGCCCACCUCUUCUAUGAUGGGAGAAUUAAAUGGAUGCCACCCGCUAUCUAUAAAAGCUCCUGCAGCAUCGAUGUUACCUUCUUCCCCUUUGACCAGCAAAACUGUACAAUGAAGUUUGGCUCCUGGACCUAUGACAAAGCCAAGAUAGACCUGGUGAGCAUGCACAGCCACGUGGACCAGCUCGACUACUGGGAGAGUGGGGAAUGGGUCAUCAUAAAUGCGGUGGGCAAUUACAACAGCAAGAAAUAUGAAUGUUGCACAGAGAUCUACCCUGAUAUAACUUACUCCUUCAUCAUCAGGAGGCUGCCCUUGUUCUACACAAUCAAUCUGAUCAUCCCCUGCCUGCUUAUCUCUUGCCUGACUGUCUUGGUCUUCUACUUACCCUCUGAAUGUGGAGAGAAGAUAACCUUGUGCAUCUCAGUGCUGCUGUCACUCACUGUGUUCCUGCUGCUCAUCACAGAGAUCAUCCCUUCAACCUCCUUGGUCAUUCCCUUGAUUGGAGAGUAUCUGCUCUUCACCAUGAUAUUUGUCACCUUGUCUAUCAUCAUCACUGUCUUUGUGCUCAACGUGCACCAUCGCUCCCCACGUACCCACACUAUGCCCGACUGGGUGAGGAAGAUCUUCCUUGAUAUAGUCCCACGGCUCCUUUUUAUGAAACGGCCCUCUGCAGUGAAAGACAAUUGUAAGAAGCUCAUUGAAUCCAUGCACAAAAUAACCAACGCACCAAGGCUUUGGUCUGAGACUGACAUGGAACCCAACUUCACUACCUCAUCUUCGCCGAGCCCCCAGAGUAAUGAGCCUUCCCCCACAUCUUCCUUCUGCGCCCAUCUUGAGGAGCCAGCCAAGCCCCAACCUGUCUGCAAAUCCCCUUCCAGCCAGUACACUGUGCUGCACCCAGAGCCCGUUCAGGUGUCCUGCUCCUCACCACAGUCCUCCUGCCACCCCCUGAGUGACACCCAGAGCACAUCCAUCUCCAAAGGCCGCUCCUUAAGUGUUCAGCAGAUGUACAGUCCCAACAAAGCAGAGGAAGGGAGCAUCCGCUGUAGGUCCCGGAGCAUCCAGUAUUGCUACCUGCAGGAGGAUUCCUCCCAGACCAACGGCCAGUCCAGCGGCUCUCCAGCAUCCCAGCGGUUCCACCUGAAUGCAGAACAGCCCCAGCACAAACCCCAUCGGUGCAAAUGUAAGUGCAAAAAGAACGAGGCCGCUGGCAUGACAGGUCAAGGGACCAACACUCACAGCGCCAAAGACCAACAUCUUCUGCUGAUGUCUCCGGCCCUGAAGCUGGCGGUGGAAGGAGUUCAUUAUAUUGCAGAUCACCUGCGAGCAGAAGAUGCAGAUUUCUCAGUGAAGGAAGACUGGAAGUACGUUGCAAUGGUCAUCGACCGAAUCUUUCUCUGGAUGUUCAUCAUCGUGUGCUUGCUGGGAACUGUUGGGCUCUUCCUCCCACCCUGGCUGGCAGGAAUGAUCUAAACAUAACCCCAGAAAGAGGAAAGUAGGUCCCACUCCACGGGCUUUAGUUCACCUGGAAGGAGAUGAGCAGAGCAAUGGAGAGAGCCGCUUGAAUAAUUUACUGGGUGUCCGCGCGUGAGUCGUUCCGGAGCACUGCGGGAACGCUCUCCGAGGCUACAUCAUUUUGCCAAGCCACUCUCAUCUCCUCCAUCUAAGUCAGGGGAAAAGCUGUUAUUCCGGUCUGUACAUAGCAUGGCGGCACUCACCGGCACACAUUCAGCAGUGCGCGAGCACGAGCGCGUCCCUGCAGCAGCACUGCGGAGGCUUGCGCGUGCCAGCCAGCCCUGGCAAGCUAGCUCCACUCGUCCUCAGAGGUCCCAGCGUGCCCUGCCUAGCCAAUUCGCCCCGCCGAGCUGACGCGGUUCGGGACUGUCUGUCCCUGUAUGUGUCAUUUUAUAAAUAAAGCUGCAGAUUUGGGA